AUGAUUUUGUUAUCUAUCAAGCAAGCAACAUUUGUAUUCAUCUUUAUUGCUGUACGAACGCAUAUUAUAGCGCAUGGCACGUACAGUGACGCUGCACUAAGUCAAAAAAGAUUUCGUAAUACAUCUUACAACUUGCGUAUAACCAAGAUGCAAUGCUUAGAUGCGCCCUACAAAGCUACAUACCUAAACCAUUGCUACAUGGAACAGUUUCCGAACGGCACCAGUGGUCUGAACAUUUCGAUCACUAUACCGAUGGUUCUCAACUAUCUGGGUAUCACCGUCAAGGUAUAUUACAAGUACAGCACAUACCGGCCCUUCAUGAUCAAUUGGAAUAUGGAUUACUGCCAGGGAGAAAGAAAUGGGAAGUAUAACCCUUCUACGGCCCUGGUGAUGAAAAUCAUUUCCGAAACUCUACCAGAUUUUAGCUAUCCCUGCCCACAUGGAAAUCGAACGUACGAAUGCUUGUGGAUGUUUGCUCCAAAAUACAUUCCCCAAACAUUGCCAUCCGGCGAUUAUCGAAUGGACGUAUUCUUUAAAAAUUGGCAGGAAAUAACCUUGGUCGCCGUGCAAAUGUUUUGUUCCGUACGCAAACAGGGCAUAAUCGGUUGA